GCAUUGGUAUAUAAUACUCUUCCUCUUAGCAAUAUAUAUAUACUUCCAAUAUAUCGAUAGACGGCUACAACCACAACCAACCAGCCUUCUCUCUCGCUCUCUAUUUCACAUAUGGCAACAAAACCAGCUGAAGCGGCUCCAGACCAGCUAAAAUACCAGACAUGGGUCUUGAAAGUCUCAAUCCACUGCGAAGGCUGCAGGAAGAAAGUCAGAAAAAUUCUUCAGGGAGUCGAUGGUGUUUAUAUGACACAGAUCGACUCUCAGCAGCAUAAGGUUACCGUGACGGGCAAUGUCGUCGCCGAGACUCUUAUCAAGAAACUGGCAAAGUCAGGGAAACAUGCAGAACUUUGGCCUGAAAAGCCAGAGAAGGAUAACAAGUCAGGAAAAUCCAAAAGCAAUGGAGCACAAGAUCCUAAAGAUAGCAAGGAAGUUGGUGCUGAUGAUGAUAGCGACAAGGAUGUUCAAAAGAAUCUAAAAGAAAAGCCUGACACCGUCGCAAAAAGUGGCAGUGGUGAUGACCAAUCAGUGGAUGCCAAGGGCGAGAAGGCUGGCGGUGGCGGAGAAAACGCUGCUGCAGCUACUGGCGGAGGUGGAAAUGGAGGUAAAAAGAAGAAAAAGAAGAAAGGCGGGCAAAAUGGUAAUAAUCCUAAUAAUGGUAACAGCAGUUGUGAUCGUACCGGUGACGCACCAGCAGACGGGAAAUCUCCGGCGGCUAUUACAGACCCAGCUCCACCUAAGGCGUCAGUGGAUUAUAGACUUCCAGAUCAGCACGUAUAUCCACAUCAUCUACCAAUGUAUUAUGCAGCUCCUUCAGCUUAUGGAGUAAACUACAACACAGCAUAUCCUAGUGCCAGUGCGUCGUACUAUACUCCUUCCAUGCAAGCUCAUCUGUAUUCUCACCCUGAGAGGCACGUGCCACCACCUCCACCAUCUGAACCAAUCAAUAGGAUGAUUCAUGAUGAUCAUGAUUAUGAUAAUGAUGGUGGGUGCUCAGUUAUGUGAGAAAACUGGUAUACGUACGUAAAGUUAAUCUAUCUCGCACUAAUCAAUUGCAGGAAAGAAGGAUAAUUAAGGGAUUAUAGUUAAUCUUGUAUUUACAGUAAGUUUAGUGAUUAAAAAAAUGGUUGAGUGGGUUAUUUGCAGGUGCUUCAUUAAUAUAAUAUACAAUUUUGUCUUUGUUUAAAUAUUUAUAUAUAUAAAAAUAGCCUUGUAGUGUUAUUUUCUGGUUUAAUGGAAAAAAUCUUCCUUUUUCUCUGUUUAA